AUGGGAACGAAGGCAGGCAUACGAUCGAUUCAGGCGCCCCCACAUCCGUCAUCGCCAUUUCCGUCCCGCAGCAAGUCGCUGAUGAGGCAUGAUGAGGACAUUCGGUGUGUCAUAUCCACGGCACUAUUUUUCGCCGUCUUCGUCAUCACUUGGCAAACUUCCACGUCGCCAUUCACAGGUGGUUUACUUCCAUUCGUAGCAUGGCUCGCAUUGUUCCAGCUUUCCUUCAUGGGCGCUGUUACAACGCACAAUGCUAUUCACUUGCCUAUCUUUUGGCACAAGGAGUGGAACAACUUCUACCAGAUUUGCUUGUCUCUCCAGUAUGGUGGCGCUGUGUCCAUCUUCAUACCAGGUCACAACUUGUCUCACCACAAGUAUCCCCAACAAGCGAGAGACGUUAUGCGUACUACCAAAGUUAGAUAUAACUGGAACCUGUUGAACGGACUACUCUUCUUUUGGCACGUUGUUCUCUCGGGAAACAAGGAUGACAAGCUGUAUUUCGAGGCCCAAGCCCGUCUCAACCGACCUAUUGCAAAGCAGCGCCGGAUAGAAGAGGUUGCAGUCUGGAGCGCGACAGUAGUGCUUGUUCUACUAGAUUGGCGUCGAUGGAUCUGGUUCGCGCUGCUGCCGCAAUUUUACGCCAAAUACUGCAUCCUGUCAUUGAAUUUCCUUCAACACGACGGGUGCGAUAUGAGCUCCAAGUACAACUUCGCGCGCAAUUUCACUGGUCGGACGCUUAAUUACUUCUGCUUUAACAACGGAUUCCACACGGUUCAUCAUCUGCACCCCGGGCUGCACUGGUCCACCCUGCCGCAGAAGCAUCAGGAGCUCAUCGCACCUCACAUUGCGCCGAGCUUGGAGAUCUCGAACAUGUUAAUCUACAUUUGGCGAUGCUUUAUCUAUCCGGGCCAUCGGCUGGACUAUAAGGGCCAUCGUCUCCUGAUUUCCAAAGAAGAAAAUGAGAUGCCGGACGAGCCAUGGUUCUACAACGGGUCGGAAACUUACUCGGAUACUCAGGAGUAUCUUGCCCAUGGUAUGAGAUAA